UCUUCAGUGAAAUUGUUUGUUCGGCUUCUGUCGGGCGUCAUUAUUUGAUUUUUGUUAUAAAUUUUAGAAGCUAUCAUUACUAACGCGCUGUGUAUGAAUCGAAAAAUAAUAUAAGAACUAUGUAAUGUGUUUGUUACCCCAAUAUCACAUGUAUUGUUUGUAAAAAGCUGUUAUUUCCGCCAUGACAAUGGGCCACUCCAUCGGGAAGUGUUCGGCGACAUUUGGUCUAUAUUUUGCGUUUAUUGCGUUGUGUUAUCCAGUUUUCGCUGAAGAGAAUUUGGAAAUAGAAGUAACAGCGAAAGGUGAGAUUGGUAGCGAUGCAAACUUCAAUUGCAGUGUCUCCCCAGAAACAGCCGACAUUCAGUGGACCUGGCAAGGAGUACCAAUUGGUGAAUCAAAUCGAACGAAAUUGACAGUAGAAGAGAUCAAGCUACCAGAUAAAGAUCGUGAUGGCAACACUAAGAAAAGGAAGACCCUUCGAUUGUCAGUCGGCAACGUCACUCAGGCAGAUGCCGGCAAUUAUAUGUGUCUCGCUAAAAUCGGUGACAAGGUGGAGAAUAAAAGUGUAACACUGGAUUUGACGUUCCCUGGUCGCCUAGUGAAUAAAACCACCGGGCCCUUGAGACUGAACGUGUCAGUAUCAGGCGAUUCUCACGUCAAGCUGUAUUGCCUCUUCGAAGUUUAUGACCCAUGGAACAUCUCCAAUAUUGGAUGGUAUAAGAAAGAUGUGAAACUUUCGGAACAAGAUGUGAAAGAUGUAGGAACGCAGUUGCGCCCCGCAAUCCCAGUCGGACUGAAACAAGUAAACGGAACAUUCGACCUUCAUAUAACGGCAGAGGAGAAUGGCACUUAUGUCUGCGAAAUAAAGGACAAAGUCACAAACAAGAAUAUACAAGGAGAGAUCGACGUCAUCGUCUACGACAAACCUAAGAUAGUUGCGUUCAACGCUUUACCAAUAAACACGACACAGAUCUACAUAAAUUGGACUGUGAACAACUACAAUUCGCCCGUCGAAAUGUAUUCGUUAUUUAUACGUGAAAGCCCUUCAGAGAAUUUUAACUUUUAUACGUUAGAGAAGAUAGGUUCUAAAAACACUUCUUUUGUUAUCAAUAAUUUAAAUAAAUCUACCGAGUAUCAAUUGAAAUUGGAAGUCAAGACUAAGGGCUGGACAGCUACAGGAUUAUAUGUGGGCAAGAGCACAGUGAAGACUUUGGAUAAAGAACCGGUGUUUGUACCGAAGAUAUCUAUAAAUGGUUUUUCGGCUACGUCUGUGACUAUUGGAUGGCCACCUCCGCCAGAAGAUAUAGCUGCUCUAAUUCAUUACUACCAUUUGGAGGCGAGGAAGAACGAUGAAAAUAAAACACACGAAGCAUAUCAUCCACGUGACAGUAGGAAUCUACCGUAUAUGUUUGGCCAGUUGGAUCCCCACAGCACUUAUAUUUUUCGGGUGCGUGCUUGUUCGGAAUUUACUCGGAAACAAUGCGGACCGUGGUCAGACAAGAUGGAAGCAGCUACCCUCGACGGUAUACCAGGGAAACCGAGCAAUGUUCACGUCAACUGCGACGGUGGAUACAUGAACAUAACUUGGGAUCCACCAGAGAAGCCUAAUGCUGAGAUCAAAGGGUAUACGAUGGAACUAACAGGCAAUGCCACGUAUAGAGAUCGUUACGGCACCAAGAAGGAAGACAUGUGGGGUCCACUGUCUAGGUUCACUACCAACGAUUCUAGGAGCGCCAGAUUCGACGACUUACAACCGAACAGCAAUUACACAGUUCGUCUGAGUGCAAUGACUCGUACUAGAAGACGGGGCGAGGAGGAAACCCGGCACUGUGAAACACCGCCUCAUGCGCCCGAUGCGCCACCUAGACCACGCUGGAGAAAGAUUCUAGAAAAUAACAAAUACAUGUUCAAAAUGUAUCUGCCGAGAAUAACGGAGAGAAACGGUCGUAUUUGCUGCUACAGAGUACAUAUGGUGCGAAUGUUACCUAACGUCGACUGGAAGAAUCUACCUCCACCCAAAGACAUGAGUGUCAUAGAUUAUGAUGACGCGCAUAACCGUCCACAACCGACGUUAGGCGGUUACAUAACGGACAUAUUUUCCAAUGAUAAAUUCCCAUCUGACUCUGAACUGAUAAUGGGUGACGGUAACUCCAUAUUCGAUAAGGAAGAUCCCACACUCAAGAGCAAGGCGUGCCGCCGCUGUUUGCUACGGCCACGGAACAAUGCCCCUGAUUAUCUCAUCACCACAACUUCAACCACAACUAGCACAACCACGGUACCCACUACAACGGAAGAUGAUUUAUUGGAUGACUCCACAGCUGAUCCUAUAGAACCAGAGAAGACUCGCAGAUCUUUGGAGAGGUGA